AGAUGCUGUAGUCUGUUUGCUUAUCCUUACUCUAAUUAAGGAAGAAGAUAUAUAAGCAUGAGUUAUAGCAUACUCACAUCUAGUCUAGGAUGCUGUGUCCCAGGUUACCACAAGCUUGGUACAUUAAAGCACUGAGACUUAAUUUAUUAACAACUGUACCUAACAACUGUAAGCUUGACUGACUCAAAGUAUUCUCCUCCUCCUUGCACUGAUGGAAAACAGGACUAACUCCAUCAAAACCAAUGGAUUUACAUCAAUAUACAAUGGUGAAAGUGAGAGAAGUCAGGCCCAUCCCUGCACUGCCAGGUUAUCCACAUACUACUUGUCUAAAUUCCCCCAAACCCAUCCCAGCAUGCACAAGGCCCAGUCAAACCUAGGGUGGAUUCUCAGGGGAUAACCUUUUUGGGUGUUCCGCAGUCUUGGUCAACAAUCUGGUGCAGCUGUUGCCAGGAUAUUAUAUGGGGAUAACCAGCAAAGCUGAAAUUGUAGGAGCAGAUUCAGCUCUGGUUUAUCCUACAGAAGUAAAGAUAGCUUCUCCCCUGAAUUUGGCCCUUAGCCACCAACUGCUCCUAGGACAGCCCAUAGUAAAACAUCGGCUAUUUUACGGUGAUCUGUGCAAUGCACUUCUGAGGAGUCUAAAGGUGCCUCACUAUUGCCCUCCUCACUCAGACACACCCUAGUCCCCCUCCCCCAGCUAUCCUUAAAUUACCCGGGCACAGGCCACCGUGCUGGGGCCUGGGUUCAUUGCAUUCAUUUCAUGCAAACAUCCCAGUGGCGAUUUACAAGUUUCAUUCUAAUUUUUAAGGGCCAGAUCCUGGGCGCCACUGGCGAAAGGCCCCACCUUGGCAGCUCAGCGGGGCGGGGGAGUUCCCAGCAGGGGACGCUGUGCUGCUCCUGCGGGGCCGGGGCCCGCAGCCUCCUCGCUCUUCCCUGCGGGCAACAGGGAUGGGACAGGCCGCUUGAGCUCAGCCAGCGCCGUUCCCACCGGGUACAAAGGAAGUGGGGGGAAGGGUUCGCUCCCUUCCCACGGGUCGCCCCUCAGGAGAGCCGGCGUGAGAGUGCAGCACUCCAGAAUGUUGAAAGGAAUCACUAAUAGUGCAGCACAUGUGUUUACACUUUCGUUGGCUAGAUCUCAGCGCUGCGAACUAGUGGUGACUCUCUCAUCCCUGCAGAAUAAAGUAAAGGAUGGAAGCUUUUUACAGCAAUCUAGUUAUACAACUGAUAUAAAAUCGAAAGUGGAGAACAAAAGAACGGUGGAGAAUCUCUACAGAUUAUCCGUUGAUAUUAAAAAAAUUCGGAGACUAAAGGAGUGGGUCCUCUUUCAGGAUGCAGCCUAUGUUAAAGAAACUGCUCAUACUUUACGAGAAAUGGGAGCUGAUAAGACUGCCAUAGCAAAUAUUUUGGAACGUUGCCCAGAGGCAAUCCUCCGUACCCCAGCAGAGAUAAACUCUCAAAGAGAUCUGUGGCAAUCAGUAUGCCAAAAUGAAAAACAACUGGUCAAAUUAAUAGAACAGUUUCCAGAGUCUUUUUUUACUGUUGAACAUCUUGAGAACCAGAAAUCUAAUGUUCAAUUCUUUCAAGAGUUGGGACUGAAGAAUAAUAUAAUCACCAGGUUCUUCACAAGUGCCCCCGAUAUUUUUUACAAGCCUGUUGAGAAAAACAAACAUAUAGUAGAGACAUUACAGAGAACGUAUCUAAAUUUAGGUGGUUCUAAUGCCAAUAUGAAGAUCUGGCUUCUGAAAUUAUUGAGUCAAAACCCAUUUAUUUUGUUAAAUACCUCCACAGCAGUUCAAGAGAACUUGGAGUUUCUCCAGAAGAAAGAUUUCACUGAUUCUGAAGUUCUGCAACUGCUAUCCAGGCUUAAAGGUUUUAUUUUUAAUCUUAGCCCUAACACUAUGCAGAAGAGCAUGUUUUUUUCCAAAGAUGUUUUUAAGUGCAAUGAUCAAGAAUUAAAAGAGCUAGUGUUGAAAUGCCCCGCUCUCCUCUACAAUUCUGUUCCAAUUCUGGAAGAAAGACUCAAGGGACUGUUGAAGGAAGGAAUUUCUGUAGAUCAGAUUAAAGAGACACCAGUGGUGCUGGAGCUGACAACCCAAAUUGUGCAGUACAGAAUUAAAAAGUUAGCUGCUUUAGGAUACAAUAUAAAAAAUGGAAAUCUAGAAAAUUUGAAUGGAACAAAGAGAGAUUUUGAAGCCACUUAUUGUAGGAUACAAGCAAAGAGAGAGAGACCAAUGUUUAAUCCUGUUGCUCCUUUAGAUUAAUUUGAAUGUCUUUAUUCAAAAAGGGAACUUUAUCCUUUCUUAACCUUAGCCAAUUUGUAGUCUGCUGCAUGAAGUUGUGGCUUUAAUUCAUAGCUCACUAGUACUUUUAAAAAUUGUAUUACAAAAAGUGACCAUAAUAAAAGGUUAGCAAUAUCAUGUAAAUGAUAAUAAGGACUAGGUUUUUAGAUUGUAUCCCAACCACACAAUUUUUAAAGAAGUUUCCCCUAUCAAACUGGCAACCAACUUACCUAGGUCUUUAGCGGUUGGUGUUGCACUGGCCAGUCUAUGAUAAUGCCGAGAGCGAUUAUACUAACCAACAAGAAAAGUUAGCAGCAUGAAUUUUCAAUACUGUUCAUCAGGCAGCAGGUAAGUAAAAGGCUUUCAAAAAGUCCUUUAGGUAACUGCCACUGCAACAAAGAGGCCACUGGAGGUUGAGCCCAAAUUGAAGCUGGCAGUCUGAUGGGGUGGAAGGAGAUUACAAAACUAGAGUCUCCACUGAGAGGAUGUGCAAGGACUAUUUACCAUAUUUAUGUACAAUCAUUACUAUAAGAGGGCCCUGUAAGCAUCUUAGUGUGGUCUCUCAUGGGGUCUCAUCUUCUCCUGAGUGACCUUCCUAGUUUUCUUUCAGUUAGUUCCUGGACCUUCACCUCCAAUUAAGUCCAUCAGCUCUUCACAUUUUGGGUUUGCAGUCUCUUGGCUGUUUUCUUAGAGACAGCCUGAUACUGUUCUUUUCUGCCUCCCUUUCCUUCUCUGUACUCUCCAUUUUUUUCCCUUGUUUCCUCUAUUUGUUGCAGCUGUGGAUGCCUGCUUCCAUGAUUGGCAGCUGCCUGGGGUUCUGAUCAAGCUGCUUGCUUAUAAAUAGGAAAAACCCUCCUCAUCUAUGCUCAGUCUGGGAUUUGUACACCCCAUUACAGGCCCUGAUCUGGUUGGGGACUCUGGGUGCUCAUAUAAUGCAAAUAAAUAACAAAAUUAUUCUAGAGGGUCUCUUUCGAGGUUAUGAAACCUCAAGCUGGCUCCUCUUGCAGGAACUCUCUCUCUCUUUUUUUUUUUUUUUUUUGGCCUUGGCUUCUGUCUCUAAUUCCCCCUUCUCUUCCUUGGACUAGAAAGAGAACAGGAUCAGAAAGGGAAUUAGCUGAGGUAAAGACUGUGCUUCCAGAAGGAAGGAGGCAAAGAAGUCUGAGUGGAAGAGUAUGGUCUUGUGCCUUUUACAGUAGCUGUGGCUCAGGCACAAGUCUUUGCUUUUAAACUGGUGAACAUUAAAAGUGGACAAGAUAUACAAACAGCCACUGCUGUUGUUUCCUAAGCAUAUGGAAAAACUGAUAUUAGAUACCAUGAUGUGGUAACCAUUGAGAAAUGUUGACCUUUUAAUAGCGGCUACUGUAGGUCGUCAUUAGGCUUUCUGGGUGUGAAAGAAAUGGUACAUGACAAAAACAGUCAUUAAAUGUCCCCUGACAAAUUAAAGUUGUCAGGGGUUUCUGCAUAAGCUUUCAUGAGCAAGUGGUCUGUAUAUAUUCCUCCUUGGCAGGCAGGAGAUAAUGCAUGAAAGAGCAGUGAGGUGAGCAACUGCUAAUGGACAUGUUCCAUAUUUAAAAUAUCUGGAAACUCAAACAUUAUAUUCAAACAAGUGUGAUCAAAAAUAUCAAACUGUAAAUUGAUUUGGUAUCAAAUUUCCAUAAGAAAAACUUACUAAAUUCUUGGGGCUCAACAAUGAACCAAAAUUGUUGACUACAAUGGGAGUUUUUGUUGUGCAUGAAAUACAAGAUCAGGUAUGUUCUCUUUGAAGUAACCCUGCUGUACACGUGAACAGUUAUUUUGCUUGUCAUGAGUAUACAUUUCAGAUACAUGAAUACAGUACAAUUGACUGUAACACUUGCUACGUUCGCUAUAUAAUUAAGGACAUGUUGGCAAUAAAUCUGGUUUUUCUUUGUUUCCUCUUAUUUUCUUAGAGGUUUACAACUGCUGAGGAAACUUGGUAUUGGAUUAUUUACUAAGAUAAAUACUUUUUUCCUUGCAAACAACACGCUCAGCACAUAUACUCUUCCUUUUCUGAUCUGUCAAUGAGGUUUGAGGAUGUUGGGAACUAAUCAGUGUUAUGAUAUAGUCCCUAUCUUUCAGUACUCAAGGGACAGGGGGAUUCAUCCUCUAUGCUAAGUAAACUGUAAUUUUGUGAUUGUUAUGCAUUUUCCCCCAGGUACAAAGAGACACUUCAGAUAUCCAAAAGGGUGGCUAUAAUUGGCAAUAUAAUAGGUAACACUGAACCAUUGCAGCACUAAAUAGACAGACGGCCUGUUAGUUAUACCUUUUGAUGAAAAUGGUGGCUCAGAGACAGAGGAAGAAGGGAAUUUCCUGCUGGAAGUUAAAUCAAGAUGUAGCUGACUUCUUAUUUAUAUACUGAUGUAAGAGUGUUUUCCAGUUGCCUGGAGCGCAUUACGCUCAGCCUGCUAUACUGGGCUCAUUUAAUUCUUCAGAAACAUAGUGCAGCUAACUUGAGAGAACUUUGAGGUAAUUGAAUAUGACUGAAGUCUCUUGCUGUUGAAAAAGCAUUUGAUGGUGCCUCUGGGGAUUGUACUUUCAAAAAAAAUUUAAGAAAUGUGGGUACAUUAGUAACUUACUUGAGUUUCUGUCUUUCAGAUUGAAGAGUGUACACAGCAUUAGAUUAACCAAUCAGCAUGAAACUGGUCUGUUACUUCAGCCAGUAAGGAUCACCUCUAAAAAAAAAUAUUACUAAUGUAAUAAUUCUCAUUAUCCUUCUUGAAACCUCAUUUAAUAGGCCCACCCACGUUACUCUAUUGUGCUAUUAUGCUUUCACUUUCCCAAAUAUAAAAAGAAUUUAAAUUGGUUUCCAUUUUUUAUCUCUCCGCAUUUGUCUUCAUUUUUCAGACUGCAAGAUCUGCAGGCAAGGACUGUCUGUGUUUUGAACAAGUGCCAAACAUGCUGACAGUUAUGUUUUGCUACACAGGAUUAAUUUAAUAAUUUUGUUAAAUGGGCUAUCCAAAUUUACUCUCCAGUCCCAUUCCAGUUUGUUUCUGUUUUCAGAUCAAAGGUCUGUUUGGUCCUCAAAUGAAACAUUCCUUCACCCAGCCAGAAAUUCAGAUGAUGUAAAAAUGAUCAUGUAAGAAGUCACACAAGUUCAUAAACAUUUGAAUAUUUACUACACAGCUACAUACUACUAAAUGUGUAGUCCUAAAAACCACCUAUGCCUGUUUUCUGCUAGAGUUGAGUUUUCAACUUUUCCAAAAGUUUCCCCACAAGAAAUCCAGCUUCUGAUAUAGUGUAAAACUUCUAUCCCUCCCUCCUUACUGAAGGUUGGUCCAAUAAAAGAUAUUACAUCAGCCACCUUGUCUCUAACACCCCUCCCUACAACAUUUUCCUCUUUCUCCUGUUACAAUUGAAAACACCACCUUAUUCCCAGUCACACAGGCUCAGCCAGGUGGUCUUCUCAAAUUCCUCCCAGUAGUCUGUACAAAUCUUGCCCCUUUACUCUUUAUUCUGUUUUGAGGAUAUGAUCCUUCCCUCACAGUGCCAACAGCUAAAACCUUAACCAUGAUCUAAUGAACUCCCAUCUUAACUACUGCUCCUCUGACUUCCCCAACACAUCAUAAAACUGAGCCGCCACCAGGAUGUGCACAUCUGAAUAGAGAACCACUUAAUGAUAUUGUUGUAACCCUCAUUCUUUCUUGUCCCCCUUCCCCUCAAAUAACUUAAAAUCAGAGUUUUCCAUCUGUAAGAUCUUUUCAGAACGAGGUACAGAGCUGUAUAGAACUCUGCCCACAAAGCAACAAAGAGCUGUCCAUGCUUUAGCUGCCAUGGACAUCUCUCUCGUGGAACUGAGAAAGUCUCAGUCUCACAGCUCAAGAAUUUUCCACACAUGGAGAGUCACAGAGACAAGCUUAUUUCCUGACUGUAAACUGUUUGGGACAGAGACUUGGGAUUAAGACAUUGGAUUGUGACUCUGGAGAUCAGCGUUCAGUUUCCUGUGCCAUUAGUAUUCAUUGGACCUUGGGGAAAUUCAUUUUCUAUCUCUCUGCUUCAGUUCCCCUGUCUGUUAAAAUAGGAAUAUGUUCUUCCACUAUUUUUCUUGUCUGAACAGUAGGACAGUCCUUGGUGCAUCCUAUCUGUACAUACAGCUGAAAGCACAAUGGAGCUGCAGUCUUUGGGUGGGGUCUUUAAAGCACUCUUUUAAUCAGUGACACUUUUGGGUGAAAUAAUGUAAUAUGGAGACCUCCCAUCCCACCAAGUUAUUCAACUCAUAGGUAGAAUCAUCUCCCCUGUAGUUUUACCUUCCCCACAUCUAGAAAGGAAGCUGUCAGAAGAAGUCAAACUGCAACAAUUUAAUGUUUCACAAGUUCCAAGCAGGACAGAAUUAGAACAGUUUUGAAAAAAGGGUCAGAGUCAUACAUUAAGUGGAAAAUAAAAAUAUGCAGACAGCAUAAGACCAAGUUCUAAACUGAAACCCUAUACUACUUUUAAGCAUUUAGUUACAAGAAUUCAGAAUCACUGAAUAAUACAUUUUGCUCAUAACACAUGCUACAAGAUGGUGGUAGAGUUGUAUAGAUUAUAGCAAGAAACUUCUCAGGCUACACUUAGUUUUCUGCAAGCUUCAUAGUGUCUUAUUUAAAAAAAAACAACAUUUAAAUGGCUUAUCAAAAAGGGUAAGGAGUGUGUGUUUUAAAUUUAACUCUAAAAUCCCCAGAGUUUCCAUAAAGAUUAUUAGUAAGGGUUUUGUUGAACAGUGAAUGUAGUAAUAUUUGUGAACCUUUGUAUUGUUGAUUGUCAUACAACUCUGUGUUAAGGGCUCUGAACUCUCAGAUGAUAAA